GCAACAGGUGAGAGUGUUUGUGUCCUGGGACAGGAGGGCGGUGUUAGAGACUCGACCUUACCUCUGGAGCGGUACUUUGAGGCACAGCAGGUCCGGUCUGUUGCAUCGGAGCCCCACCAUUUUUGGGGUCGGUGGGCCCGACUGGCUGACCCCGUGGAUGUGCAGAAACUCCCGAGCUCUGUCGUGUGCUUUCCCUGCACCUUCCCGCCCCCCGCCCCAGUAUACGUGAGCCAGGUUUGCUUUUCUACUGCGAAUCUUCAUCACUCGUCCAGUGCUGCUUCUCGGCUGUCUCCGCAUCCUAGCGCUCCCUGUGGGGCUCGGGAUGCCCAGUCUCAUUGUCUCAGACGACUUGGUCGUAGCAUCCAGGGGUUCCGGAUCCUCCACACCCUCCUCCCCGCUACCACAGCCUCCUCCCCACCUACUAGGGGAGACUUGGGUUCUAGACUUGGCGCUGCCAUUGCCCAUGUAUCUUCCGACUUUCUAGAACCUCACUUUGACCUCUGUGAAAUAGAGUGAUUUAAGGGCCCUUUCAGCCCCUAUUCCCGAGGAACUACUUUGGAUCCCUCUUGCUGUACUCCAGGAUUUGGGGGAAGAAGCCAAGAAAGUAGCAUUUCCAGAGGCUCCCUGGAGGAGGAGUUGAUGGUUGAAGAACAUAAUGUUAGGUGGCAUUAAAUUUUUGCCACUUUAAGUGUGAUCAGUUGAGUAUCAGUCACUUAGCCAUACUUUUUGCUCCUUGCAUUCCAUUCUUUCUGUAAAUGCCCAAACCCUUUCUAGAAGGGACCAGAUCUUGGAGGUGAAAGGUUGGGGGUGGUAGGGCUGACCUGGGGAGCUGCCACCAGGCAUCUGCUUUUGGUGCUUGCCCUUGCAGGCAGAGCUGGGUGCCUCCUCCCUAUGCCACCCCUCCUCCCAUGAUGCCCCUGUCCCGCUGGCUGAGAUCUGUGGGGGUCUUCUUGCAAGCAGCCCCCUGCUGGGUGCCCCGGGAGAGGUGGCUGGGUCCCCUACUGUGGCCCUCCCUGGUGCACCAGGGCUCAGUACUGGGGGCAUGGCACAGUGCCCGCUGCUGGUGCCAAGCGUGGACAGAGGAGCCUCGAUUACUUCACUCCUUCUUCAGGAUGAAUGGAGACCAGAAAUUGGAUGUUUAUGACCAAAAAAGGCAGAGUUUCAUCCAGCACUUCCCCGAGAUCGUCAGGGUGCUGACUGAGGAUGACAUGGGGCACCCGGAAAUAGGAGAUGCUAUUGCCCGUCUCAAGGAGGUCCUGGAGUACAACGCCCUUGGAGGCAAGUACCAGCGGGGCAUGACUGUGCUGGUAACCUUGCAGGAUCUGGUGGAACCGAGAAAGCUGGAUGCGGACAGUCUGCAGCAGGCCAUGACUGUGGGCUGGUGUGUGGAACUGCUCCAAGCUUUCUUCCUGGUGUCAGAUGACAUUAUGGAUUCAUCUCUCACCCGACGGGGGCAGAUCUGCUGGUAUCAGAAGCCAGGCAUCGGUUUGGAUGCCAUCAAUGAUGCACUUCUUCUGGAAGCGUGUAUCUACCGACUGCUGAAGGUCUACUGCCGGGAGCAGCCCUAUUACCUGAACCUGAUCGAGCUUUUCCUGCAGUGUUCCUAUCAGACUGAGAUUGGACAGACCCUGGACCUCAUCACCACCCCGCAAGGCAGCGUGGACCUUGGUCGAUACACUGAAAAGAGGUACAAAUCUAUCGUCAAGUAUAAGACAGCUUUCUACUCCUUCUACCUUCCUGUAGCUGCUGCCAUGUAUAUGGCGGGCAUUGAUGGGGAGAAGGAGCAUGCCAGCGCCAAGAAGAUCCUGCUGGAGAUCGGGGAGCUCUUUCAGAUUCAGGAUGAUUACCUUGACCUCUUUGGGGACUCCAGUGUGACGGGCAAGAUUGGCACUGACAUCCAGGAUGGUAAAUGCAGCUGGCUCGUGGUUCAGUGUCUGCAACGGGCCUCUCCGGAACAGCGCCAGAUCUUGCAGGAGAAUUACGGAGAGAAGGAGGCUGAGAAGGUAGCCCGGGUGAAGGCGCUGUAUGAGGAGCUGAAUCUGCAGGCCGUGUUCACGCAGUAUGAAGAAGACAGUUACAGCCGCCUGAUGGGUCUCAUUGAGCAGCACUCACCGCCCCUGCCCCCAGCCAUCUUCCUGAGGAUGGCACAGAAGAUAUACAAGCGGAAAAAGUGACCUAGAGACUACCAGGGUGGGGGGGGCAGGUUCUCAAUAAAUUAUAGUAAAACCUUUCUUAAUGCCAUCUAUAGGUGCUAUAUACUGCAACAAGUUUGCCAUAGGCUAAUUUAUACAGACAAGAGUUAGUAUCCUGUGGCCUAUUUCUGGUUACAAAAAUGUCACCCAACACUUCUGAUAUUAAAUAAACACUGAAAUAAAUGUGAGCCACACAACACACACUGAAGGAAUGAAUUUAAGGGCAGGGGAGAUUAUUUUCCAACCCACUUAUUCCACUGAAGGGCUGCAGGUGACGGGGGCCUGUCUGAGCACGACGUGGGAGCCCGCCCUGGGCAGAAGGCCCUUGUAUCAGGCUGCUCCGCCCCAUCCCCCCCCCCCCCCCCAAUAAUGUAGACACGGACUCUCACUUGCCUACCCUUAGGAUGUGGGAAGACAUCUGGGUCCUGGGGUGGUGGUGGGGGACCCAGACAAGGGGAGAACAUGUAAGCGCCACACAGUGCACCCAGGUGGAAUAGAUUUUCUUUUCCCAAACCUAUAAGGAAAUAAGGGUGAAUAAAACGAUGUUAUUCCUGGA